AUGCAUAAUUCAACUACUCCAAAACCAAGUAUUCUUGUCUGGACUGAUCUCUCUCAUGAUCAAGUAAGAAAAUUGGAAGAAUUAAAUGAUGCAGAAAGUAUAAAUAAUUUUUUUAUAAAAAUUUUCAAUCUUGAAUUAAAUACUAAACGUACAACAAUUUUAUGUGAUCUAUAUUAUUAUGCUAUAAAUUUUGCUCGUACAAAUAAAUUUAAUCAUGAACAGAUCUCAACAUUUAUUAGUAUUCUUAAACAUGUUCAUGAAAUGUGUAUACAAACACCAUUUUCAAAUAUGGAAGAAACUUAUAAAUAUUUCAAAGGACUUAUGUUAAAACAUUCAUUAUCUAGACCACCACAUAGUUUACGUAUAUUUACACCAGAUACAACUAAAAAAAUUGAUUUUAAUUUAAAAUUUACUUAUGAUGGUAUGACUCGAGAAAUACCAAAAACAGAAGAAGACGAACAUGGCAAAAUAAUUGAAACAGAAGAUGUUAAUACAAUAAAAGAUAAUGAAGAAAAACAAAGUCAACAACAAGAAAAACAUGAAGAACAUGCUGAAUUGAUUGAAGUUCGUAAAUUAAUUGAAACUUAUGUGAAAGAAGAAAUUAAAAAAAUGCAAAGUACUACUAAUGAACAAGAAGUAUUACGUCCACCAACGGAAAAACAUCGAUCAAUUAAAUCAAGCAGUACAAAAACUUCUAAAUCACAAACACCAAAAUAA